AGAAAGUUUUUUACAUUAUUCUCAUCAUCAUGGCAUCUAAAUUACCCUCAUCAAUCUUGGGCAACAUUGCAAACAACCUCAUUACCAGAGACAAACUUCAAGCCUCAAUCGUUUGCAAAUCGUGGCGAACUCCAUUUCAAGAUUCCUUGUGGAAAGAAAUUACCCUCACAAGUAACUCUCAAAUAGCCGAAAUUUGUGAUAGAUCUAAUCCGCGCCACAAAAUAUACCAAAAGAAUGGACAUCUUGUACGCAGACUAUAUAGCGGAUGGUACAUAUCCAUAAAAGAUGUUCAACUAUAUAUCUUACAAAGAUCCUUUCAAAACCUCACCCAUCUUCACAUCCAAGGCGACACUCUCACUAGAAAUGAUUUUGGAAGAGAAGCAGAUUGGGGGCUUUGGAAAGGAUUGGAAGAGUUUGAGAUCAGUGCACCUAGACUCGGCUCAAACAACGACAUCGAGUACCUCUUUAGUAUCCUAUCUUUCUUCCCGGGACUAAAGAAAUUCACGAUGACAGAAAGCUACUGUCACAAUUCUGAAGGCUAUUCAUGGAGACACAUGGAGAUCAUACAUGAACUUUUGCCCAAACUCGAAGAGCUACACAUAGACAUCCCCUUGACAGAAAUAUCUGCAGAGGAUAUAAAACUAUUCAAAACGAUCGUAUUACCCACCAGAAUUACCAAGCUGACAGUCGCUGCCCAAAAUAUUCGGUUUGAGUGGAUAUACUACUUCUCUAUUAAAUACCGCAACAUCCACACACUCACAUGGAACAAUUCUAUCGAAAAAGAAAGCGCAACCUAUGAAACUCGGUCAGAAGCCAGAGCACUCGUUUCCGAAGUUAAAACCAUCUUUCCAAAUCUCAAACACGCUUAUUUUGAAGGCAAUGGAUCAAGAGCAGACUCAGAGCACCUCUCAAUACGUCAAACUCUGGCCCAUGCUGGCGUUUUCUUCAAGUCCUUAUACUACAACGUACGUUGGGACUUUGACAAACCUGAGCUGGUCGAAAAGUUCUUCAUCGACUGUCUGUACUACUUUACGUCAACAAUAGAGAACUUUACGCUUAUAUCCACAAAUAGCUUCAGGGACGUCUGCAAGGUCCCAAUGACAAUCAUCAGAUGCCCUGUUCUGACAAAUCUAAACCUCAUUCUUCCCGAAAGCUUUGUAGCAUUCGACCACCUUCUUGAUCAAUGCACCUCUCUAAAGAAUCUCAAAUUAAGCCUCCGGGAAAUUUUCAUCAGUCCAGGUGCAUCUCUUACCCCGCCCGAACAUGGUCUAAAGUCACUCUUUUUUAUCGAGGCACGGACCACCCCCAGAUUAUUUACCUAUAUUUCGUUACGUUGCAGACGACUGACAAGUAUGCGAUUGGACGGCUUAAAAGUGAUUGGACGCAUUGACAAAGAUACUGGAACUCUCCGGUUGGAUAUGUCCCACACAAAACUUGAAUUCUUGCUUCUCAGCUGCAUCAGAUUCUACUCGCUUCCGUCUCCACCUCCAUCAUCACUAUCACAUCUGUCACAAUCACAAUCACAAUCACAAUCACCACCUUCAUUAUCAUCACCAGCAGCAGCAGUAGCAGCAGCGGCAUCCUUAUCAUCCUUAUCAUUAUUAUCAUUAUUAGCAUUAUCACCAUUAUCACCACAAAACAGUAAAGAUGACGAAACAAAUAGCGAGGAAGAUGCAGUCAUGAUUAAUCUACUAGCGAUAGAGCAAACAGGUCAUAUUCAUUCCAUUGACUUUGACAGCAAGAUGUGUAUUCCUACUAGCCAAAGUGCAAUUUCCCUGCUUCAGGAUAAUUUUCAAGUCUGGUUCCAUUACUACCUCGGAAACACCCCUACUGGUCUAAGUGGGAUGAUGCAAAGACUCGAUCCAAAACAAAGCAAGUAUGCUCAAACGUACUUUAGAUCGUUUCAGCACAAAAAUGACUCUGGCUUAGAGCCUUCACACAUCACACGUGGGGACUAUGAGUGGGGACCGAAGAAUAUGUGGAAGAAUGAUCUCAAUCGAGGAUGUGCAAAAUGGUACUUUGAUUCUGUGGACAGGUACCGCGUCAAGGGUUUUGAAGAGAAUAUUGAGCAUGAUUCGUAUACAUUAUCUACAAUGGAUACCGUAGACUAUUAAACUACAUCAUCUUGACUCAUAAAAACCAAAUCAAACCAAACCAAACACAGCACAGCACAGAAUAGCACAGCACAGAAUAGCACAGCACAGAAUAGCAUAGCAUAGCAUAGCAUAGCAUAGUAUAGCACACCAAACAAAAAAGCAAGAAAAAGUUGAUUAAAUGAUUUUUAUUAUUAUUAUUAUUAUCAUUAUUAUUAUUAUAAUUAUUAAAGCCAAAUAUUAAAGUAUUAAAGUUAUUAUAAAAG